AAAAAAGAAAAAGGCAAGUCUCAUGAUUUUCCAAAAUAUUAAAUUUGAAAAUAAUUUAUUCGAAAUAAUUUAUCAAAACUUAUUGUUUCAUGGUAAUAGAAUUUGAAAUUAACGUUUGAGUUUCUCAUCUAUGUACCGGCCGAUCAUGUCGACGAGUAAGUUACGGGAGAUUCCGAGAGAGGGCGGUAAAGAGAAUGAAAGAAAGAGAGAGAGUGAGUGUACAUGUGUAUUUGGUGAGAGAGAGAACGCGUGCGAACGAGAGUGAGUGAGUGAGUGAGUGAGUGAAAGAAGAAAAGAGAGAAAGAAAGAGAAAGAAAACACGGAUGACUUCUGCUCAUGGCGCAUGCGAUUCGCGGCCAUACCCGUGGCUCGUACCUGUCAUGGAUUCCUAAGAGCCGUUCGUGCGAGCGCAGGCACGCGCGAUCGAACGAUUUUCAUCGUGAAAAUCGGCUGUAUAUGUAUAUCAUAGGAUAUAAUCGUAUUUACUGUUAUUAAUUUAUUAACGAAUAAUACGAUAUUAGAAAUACGGUGAUGAUGUUACACGUAUACAGGGCGAAGCGACGGUCCUUCGAUUUUCUAAGUGCCGCGCACGGUCAGAUCAUCGAUUCAAAAUGAAGAAUAUCCUCGGCAUGGUACACGGGCUUUCAUCUGUCAGCCUGAAAAAGGAUAAAGAGAAGCAGGUGGCAACGAUCGGGAGGGUGCUUUAAAAAGCGGUGGUGGGGCAUCAUUGAAGGAGUUUUCCAUCGGUUAUCUGGACGAACAUACGAGAAAGAGGAAAAAAAGGGGAAGAGAUAGAAGUGGUUGAUAGAAGGUGAAGAAGGAUUUAAGGAUUAAGGAUUAAGGAUAAGGAUAAGGAUAAGGAGAAGGUUAGAAGGAGAGUUCCCUAGGAAAAAUUCAAAAAAAAAAAAAAAAAAAAAAAACAUAAUCAGAACGAGAAAUAAGGAUUUAUAAAGGUUUGGAUCAUCCGAGGAUGAGACAAGUCGUGGUCUUAGAGCCGGCAGGCAGCGUUCUGGUGAUCAGGCAGACUUCUUUGAGUGGUGCCGGUGGUGGUGGUGGUGGUGGUGGUAGUGGUGGUGGUGGUGGUGGCGGCAACGGCGGCGGUGGUGGCGGAGGUGGUAUCACAGGAGUUAACAACUCAAAUUUAUCACCGAAUAACAAUGGUCACGAGACUCAUACUCUUGCCAAUCACGUUGCCGUCUCUUCGAAUGCAUCUAAUGACCACAAUCAAAAUCGUAUUGUUGUCGUUCGUUCUUCUACCACGUGCAUGACAACAUCGGUCGACGAUAAUACGUCUCAUAAUGGGAACGGUAAUAUCAAUGUGAAUGCCAACAUCAAUGGCAACUCUACUGGUGGUAUCAAUUGUAAAACAUCGGGAACUGUUGGGCUCGGCAAUGUGUCCAAGUCGGCUGAAAGGAAUGAUCACCUUCGGAAUGAUCAUAAGAAUCAGGAAGGAAUCGUCGUCGGUGGUGGUGGUGGUGGUGGUGGUGUUGGUGGUCCUUCUUCUGCUGCUGCUGUUGUUGCUGCUGCCGCCGCCGCCGCCGCCGCCGCUGCUGCUGCCGCCGGAGAAUCGAACUCUGGAUGUCGUCCAAGAACUAGCAAGGAUGUCGUUCACGAGAGCAUAGCUAUAGAGAGGAAGUUCGAUGGCGCGGAUCCCAUCUCCGAUGGGGAUCCCAUAAAGCUCCCGGAGAAUUUAGAGACUUUGCCGCGGGCCGAGCAUUUUCCCACGCAAAGACACCGAUGGAAUACCAACGAGGAAAUUGCCGCGAUCCUGAUAAGCUUUCAGAGGCACGCCGAGUGGCAAAGUCGGGAAGUUAAAGUGCGACCUCGAAGUGGCUCGAUGUUGCUUUAUUCGAGAAAAAAGGUCCGCUAUCGGCGGGAUGGUUAUUGUUGGAAAAAACGGAAGGAUGGUAAAACCACGCGGGAGGAUCAUAUGAAACUUAAGGUCCAGGGGGUCGAAUGCAUCUAUGGCUGUUACGUGCAUUCGGCGAUUCUACCAACGUUUCAUAGGAGAUGUUAUUGGCUCCUUCAGAAUCCGGACGUCGUCCUUGUCCAUUACCUAAACGUUCCAUAUCCGGACGGUGAUGCGAAGUUAGCAGCUCUGCCAACCUGUCUCGCGUUACCACCAGACAAGAAGGAAUGGACGCGAGACGAGCUGGCUUCUCAAUUAAGGCCCAUGUUCCUCGGUGGAGACGAUGAUCCGAAUAAUCCUCAUCUCACGCAGCACUCCAAUCAUCCGGUUGAUAUGAUCGUUUCGCAACUGCUAGAUAGACAGAGGGCAUCCUCUACCUCUUCUAGCAGUAGUGCACAGCUUGCACCUAGAAGGUUAACACCAGAUAAUCAGGUUUCAUCGACGACCGGCGGUCAGCAGCCUUCGACAACAGCUUCGCCGGCUCCACGUGUAUAUUCCAGACAUUCCCAUUCGACUCAGAGCCAACAGCCGGCUCCUUUAGUUUUAAGUUUGCAACAAAUUCAAGGUGGAGGUGGUCUUCUGAUACUGAACAGUCAACCAUAUCAUCAUCAACAACAACAACAACAACAGCAGCAACAGCAACAACAGCAACAACAACAACAACAGCAGCAGCAACAACAACAACAACAGCAACAGCAGCAGCAGCAACAACAACAACAACAACAACAACAGCAGCAGCAACAACAACAACAGCAGAGUCAGCAAGUUGAAAUGCAACAAGUGACGGAGCAACAAAUCGUUCAGCAAACUAGCGUCGACAGAGAACAACAAACGCAGCAAGAGAUCGAUGCACAGGAUAGCAUGGAUCGGUCAACCGUUCAAUCCUUACCUAUCACCAGUUCUGGCUCCGAGGUCACAGAUUUUGCAAAAAUGUUAGACUUGAGUCAAGAAGAUAUUCAGAGGACAUUAUCCGCAAACAUGGUACCGCCCUCACCGUCACCAUCGCCCGCGGACGAUAGUAUGAUAAAUCCAAUGGACUUUAUCGAUUCGUCCGACGACGUGCUGAUCAAUUUGGAUGCCUUCGAUGUGUUUGGAGAUUUACCGGAAUUGCACGAUUUUGAAGCCGAAGAUACGAAACCGGAUAUUAGGGGUGGACCUGAUAACGAUGUUGGAUGUCAGCCUGGGACAACCGUCCAGAUCGCAGAAUACAGUCCCGAGUGGAGUUAUACCGAGGGUGGAGUCAAAGUUUUGGUUGCCGGUCCAUGGACAGGUGGGAACGGUUCGCAAAAUUAUUCAGUGCUUUUUGAUGCGGAACCAGUAAAGGCCUGUUUGGUUCAACCUGGUGUAUUACGUUGUCGAUGUCCAGCCCAUGCUCCGGGUAUUGCAUCCCUUCAGGUUGCAUGCGAUGGCUUUGUCGUAUCGGACAGUGUUGCUUUUGAAUAUCGAAGAGCACCUACGACCGAACCAAAUCCAGAAAGAGCGUUGUUGGAUCGAUUGGCGGAUGUGGAAUCACGAUUACAAGGACCAGGUCCGCCGUCUCCAGCAGCUCAUCUGGAAGAACGACUCGUGGCUUAUUGCCAGGACGCUGUCGUUCGUCCUUGGAGAGUCGGUGCUGAAGCUCUACAAUCAGGUGGACCGACUUUGUUACAUUUGGCAGCAGGAUUGGGAUAUUCGAGAUUAGCUUGUGCAUUGCUUCAUUGGAGGGCUGAAAAUCCGAGUAACGUUUUGGACGCUGAAGUCGAUGCCCUGAGACAAGACAGUGCUGGAUUGACACCGCUCGCUUGGGCCUGUGCCGCUGGUCACGCUGAUACCGCUAGAAUACUUUAUAGAUGGAACGCGAUGGCGUUACGUGUGAGGGAUCGUCAAAACAGAAGCGCCACCGAGCUUGCCGCAGAGAACGGACAUACGGCAAUCGCCGAAGAACUGAAUCGGCUCGAAGCCAGAAGGCAAGACGAGAGGCUUUUCUUGCGACCUGCCAGCCCUAGCCCUAGGAGGCCUUCUCAAGACAGCGGUCUCGAUCUGGCGUUGUGUGGUUCCCCGCUCCUGGACAACAUGGAAUUGUUGCAAGAGGAUGAGUCGUCGUUAGGCCUUGGCGAUCAGGGAAUGGAGAGCGCUCCGACCCCUCAAGAGACCGUAGGGGAAGAAGACGCGAGGGUGCUGACGUUGGCCGAACAAAUUAUAGCCGCGCUACCGGAAAGGAUCAAGAGAGCGGAAGGUGAUUCUCCGUCUUCUUCCUCGUCCCCUCCGCCGCCGCCACCACCGUUGUCGCCGUUAGAAGAUGCUUUGAUGGAGCAAAUGCCUCUCGAUUCCGGCGAAUUGUUCGACUCGUACCGUGAGUGCAGCGGAGGCGCGGCUUCCGUCUCGGACGCCGACGCCGAGGCGAGUCCAUCGAGUCCUUCCAGCAGUUGCCUCACACCGGACUCGCCCUCGCCACCCCCGACGACGGCCGACUUUUGCGAAUUUUUGCAAUUGCAGCUGCAACUAGACGGCGGUAACAAUCAGAACGGUGGCGGUCAGUACUAUCCAAGCUGUAACGAGCGGAAAUUUGGCAAUGGAACCGAUGGAAAUGGGAAUACCGAUGGGAACGAGGCUGACUUGAGUAGGUUGACCCUGUCCGAUCGAGAGCAGAGAGAACUUUAUCAUGCCGCGAGAAUGAUCCAGAAGGCCUAUCGGAGUUACAAGGGUCGUCAGAGGCAAGAAGAGGCCGAAAGACACGCAGCCGUUCUCAUUCAACAGUAUUAUCGUCGGCACAAACAGUGCGCUUAUUACAGGCAAGCUACGAAGGCAGCCCUGGUGAUUCAAAGCAAUUAUCGGAACUAUCGUUCACGUCCUGGGUCUGCUUGUUCAAGGCAACAGGCAGUCCAUCAGCAAGCGGCACAUCAAGCAGCAAGAAAGAUCCAACAAUUUAUGCGGCAGUCAAAAAUCAACUUGUCGUGGGACGAUUCACGACCGACUGCAGAACGCCAGGGCCGCCGCAAACGGGAACGUGAGGCAGCCAGCGGCCAUUUCACGGGUGGUUGCUGUCCCCCAAAGCUCGCACUCAUCUAGCCCAGGGGUCAGCCUACUAGCCGGCAAGCCAGAGGUCAUUUAAACGAUCGUCAAUCCAGCAGCACGAGGAAUGUCAACGGCGACACGAUCGGAAAGUAAUUCCACAGGAGGAAAGUCCUUUGAAUCGAUUGAUCGAUCGAUCGAUCGAUCGAUCGAUCAUAAUAAGCUGAAAGAUAUACUUACAUAUAUUUCUUUCUUAUCACCUAAACGAGCUACGAGAGAACAUAAGAGAGUUUUGAUCUUAAAAAAAGGGAAACGUUUUGUGAUACAAUCGAGUUUGUUUUUAAUUAUCUUUAACUCUUUCUUUUUCUUUUUUUUUCCUUUUUUUUAUAUAUAUAUAUGUAUAUAUAUAUAUUUAAGAAAAGGUUAUUUUUUUGUUCUUCUUUUUCUUUCUCUCUUGUUCUUGUUUCUUUUUUUAUUUCUUCUUCUUCUGAUCAUCGCAAUAUCGACGAUUAAACAUAAUUGAUAAUGUCCGACUCGAUCCAAUUUAUUUUAAAUUACUAAAUUACUAAUUGACAAAUUUGUCCUUCUUAACGUUACAUUUGUUAAUAACAAAUUAAGUUCAUUCUUUUAUUCUCAAGCUAUUUUAUUUUUAUUUAACAAAUCUUGAUUAGAUUGAUGUUCUUAGCAUCGUUCUCGUUCUAUCGUUUCUGGAUUUUUCUUAUAUAUAUGUAUCAAAUGUAUUAGUUUUGUCGAUGGGAGGAACGAAAAUCCUGCCUCUAGUAUGUUAUUGUAAUUUUCAUUAAGUUUCAGAAACGAAAAACCGAUAUUGUGAGAGGUGGAAACGAUCGUAUUAAUACGACAUGAUUUCAACGUACGAGAAAGAGAAAAGAGAGAGAGAGAGAGAGAGAGAGAGAGAGAGAGAAAGAGAGAAAGAGAGAGAGAGAGAGAGAGAGAGAGAGAGAGAAAGAUAAAGAAUUUGUGUCCUUGGGCUGAUAAAGGCAGGGCUGUCAUAGUAACUUGGAAAGAAAAAGAAAGACAGAGAUAGAUUUGAUAUAUUUUGAAAAAAAAAAAAUAAUAAUAAUAAUAAUAAUAUGAGCGCCGAAUAGGCACUCGAAUCCUUUCAUUUUUAUAUUUCACAUCGAUCUAUAUACGUAUAUAAUAUAUUAUGAUAUAUACAUAAAUAGACACACGUACACAUCUACACAUACAUACGUACAUAUAUCUAUAUAUACAUAUAUAUGUAUAUAUAUAUAUAUAUAUAUAUAUAUAUAUAUAUAUAUAUAUAUUAUUUUAAUAAAAAUCUUAGUGCGAUUAUCGAAUCCUAUUCACAGUCGUCGUACCCGUAUGCUCUGUUCUGGUGCUCUUCCAUCAUACGGCAAUCGUUGUUAAAAUCUAAAGCCGAACGAGAUUAGUGUAGAUGAAUUAAGAAGAAAACAAAAAAAAAAAAAAGUAGAAAGAAGCGAGUAAAAUAAAACGAAGGAUUUUUUUUUUUACCGAAGAGAUACAAACAGAUAGGGAUAGAGGAAAAGAGAGAAAGAGAGAGAGAGAGGGGAGAGAGAGAGAGAGAGAGAGAAUGUUGUCUUUUUGAGGUAUCGUUAGGAAUUUUGUGUCGUGUUAUUUUGUCGAAACGAUAAAGUAAGGGGGAGGAUGAAGAUAAAAAGACAGAUAGGAUGAAGAAGACAAGGACGAAGACGAUGAGAGGAUGUAGAAGACGAUGAAUGUGAAGAAGAUGAAGAUGUGAAGAUGAAAAAAAUAGAAGGAAGGUAAGAAGAACGAUUCUAGGAGAUGCGUUUGAGCGAAAUUAGCUCUCCUAAGGGAAACAAAAAAGAAAAAGGAAAAUUUAAAGAAAAUAAAAGCGAAAAAAGAAAAGCGGGAUUUUUUGUGGAACGGGGUGGGGGGCGACUCAUCCACGGGCUGUGCUUAAAGUCACAGUAUAAUCAAUUCUCGUAGUGUUAAACAUUUAGGAUAAGCUAGCCGAUUAUAUAUUGUUACAAAACUACACCUACCGUUUCUCCCUCAAGCGUAGGGAAUUUUUUUAAAGAUUCUUUAGCAUAGAGACAGAAAGAGAGAGAGAGAGUGAGAGAGAGAGAGAAAGAGAGAGAGAGAGAGGGAGAGGUAAAGAGAAAAAGGGAAAAGAGAAAGAGGAGCAAGUAAACCAAAAAAAAAUGUAAGAAAGAAACUUUUAAAAGAAAGAGAAAAAAAAAGAAAGAAAGAGAGAGAGAGAGAGAGAGAGAGAGAGAAUGAGAAUAGGAGGGAAAAAUGAAAAGAAUGAUUAAAAGCGAGAUUUAUUACGUCUUCUUAGGGAGUUAUACGCGCUUAUAAUCGUGGGCUCGAUGGAUAUUAUAAUCGUGAAAAGCUCGAUUUUAAAAUAACAAAAGUCUAUUGUGAUAAAUUUAUGGUGAUCCAAGAAAGUAUUUCCGCGAAAUAACUAAACAAACAAAGAAAGAGAGAGACAGAGAGAGAGAGAGAGAGAGAGAGAGAGAGAGAGAAAGAGAGAGAAAGUAGGAAGGACAGAUUGAAAUAGAAAGAAAGAGAGAGAAAGGGUUGAAAUAACAGACAGACAGACAAAUCCGGCGUGUUCUUUUUCUCUGUUCUUUUUUUUUUUCUUUUUUUUUUCCCCUAUAGAAAAACGAGAACACUUCGUUCAAAUAAAAGUACACAUAUACAUGAAUACACGUAUAAAUACGUAAGAUGAUCAAUAUCCAAGAUAGAUCAAUCGUUCGAUCGAUAGAUCAAUUCGACUAGACUAUGACUCUACUUGUGUCGAUCGUCGGCUACACAUAUAUAUAUAUACGUAUAUACAUACGUACAUGCAUACAUGCGUAUGUAUAUUGCAGGCACUCACGUGACACAGACAAAGACACAGAUACAGACACAGACAAAGACACAGAUACAGACACAGACAAAGAUACAGACACAGACAAAGAUACAGACACAGACACAGACACAGAUACAGAUACAGACAAAACAGAGAUACGAUUGUUACGUAAAAAGACACGAUCGGUAUUAUACUUGCGGAUAGUAGAGAAGAUGAGAACUAUAUGCGAUGAACCUAUAGGGAGGAGAAUAAAUAAAGGGAGAAAAAAGAAUAGUAAAAAAAAAAAAAAAAAGUAUGGAAAUAUUGUAUACAAGAGUCAAUUCCAACGAGCAUUCUUAUGCCAUUAAGCUUAAAGAAAAUUAUUAGUUAUAAAGACAAAGGGAAUCGGGUUAUAGAGGGUGAAAAAAGGAAGAAGGAUAGAAAGAGAAAGAUAAAUAAAUGGAAAAUCAGGGAGAGAGAGAGGGAGAGAGAGACAGAUGCGCCGUGUAAGGAAAAGUGAGGGUUUAAAGUGAAAACGAAACAAAAAAAAAGAAAUAAAUAAAACAAAAAAAAAAAUUAAAAAAAAAAAUAAAUAUGAAAACAUU